AUGUGUAAGUACGUAGAUUAUCCUGUAACCGAUGUUUUACUAAUGACGGGCAGAGCUGGAAGACCUCAGUAUGAUAACUCUGCUGUUGCUGUUAU